AUGGCGGACACUCUGCAGAUCCCGGACCCGGACGUGGCCUGGUUGGCUCCUCGCCUGCCGUCAGAAUCUGCCAUCCAGUCAGCGAAAUCUCAGAAGCGUCCCUUUGUUACUCUGACCUUCGCAACAUCACUAGAUUCUUCUCUUUCCCUGGCCCCCGGGGUGCGUACGCGCCUUUCAGGUACCGAGUCCAAGGCUAUGACACAUCAUCUUCGUCGUCACCAUGCCGCCAUCCUCGUUGGUGUUGGGACAGUUCUCGCCGAUGAUCCGGGGUUGAACUGCCGCAUCGCUGGUGCAAAUCUCGAAUCCCAGCCACGCCCAAUUGUCCUGGAUCCUCGUGGCCGAUGGGACUUCACCGAGCAUAGCAAAGUUUUCGAAGUCGCCCGCGCCAACAACGGCUUGGCACCGUUUGUGCUAGUUGGCCCGUCUGCCGUCAACUCGGAGAGGAAGGCAGUUCUGGAAGCUCAUGGCGGUAAAUUUGUCAUCCUCGAACCCCGGGAGACCGAACCAAGAUUCGAUUGGUCAUCAAUCCUUUCUGCUCUUCACGCCGAGGGUCUGGGAAGCGUCAUGGUCGAAGGUGGCGGGCAGGUAAUCAACUCCCUUCUUGACCCUGCCUACCAGCGGCUCGUCGACAGAGUUAUUGUAACGAUUGCGCCGACCUGGCUUGGCCGCGGCGGCGUUGUCGUUUCCCCCGACCGAGUCCAAAACAUCGAGGGUAAACCUGUACCCGCCGCCAGGCUCUCGGAUGUUGCGUGGCACCAGUUCGGCGAAGACAUAGUUCUCUGCGGUCAACCAUGCCUAGAUGCCUAG